AUGGCCGUCAUCGACGAGCUCAAAGGUGUCAAAGUCACCGUCCAAGUCAACGGCCAAGACGCCGUUGAGUACGAAGACUUGGAUGGCUUGGAGCACGACGUGAACCGCAAGAACGCUGACAGCCGUACCUCCAACUAUGUCGAGUCCAAGGACGAUGCCUACUUUUCCCUGAAGUACGAAGUAAAUACCACACACCAAUGGGAGAACCAGGAUCGCGCCCUCUCAUUCGUACUGUAUGUCGAUGGUAAGCACAUUGACGGCGUCGUUUGCGAGGCGAAUCGCUUCAUCCAUAGAGAUCGAUACUACAUAUGGCAUGACGUCGUGGAGGGUUCACGAGAACGUUCAAGUGCCUUCCGAUCUGAACGCCUGAACAAGUUCAAGUUUUCCAAGGUCACCACAAUUGACGAUGCUACCAAGGAACGUGUUCAAGGUGAUUCGAAAAAGGCAAUGUCCCUCGGGGUCAUAGAAGUCUUUGUCCACUCCAUGGUCAUUACAGGGGCUCCAUUCUACGCGGACUCUAGCCGCCGCGACACUAGAAAUUCCAACUUCGACAUCGCGGAAAAGGCACUCAAAGGUCGUGCCGUCUCUCAUGGCACCUCCUUCGCUGACGGUGGAGUCGUUUCCCAGAGAACCUCGAUCAGUGGACGACGCCUCAACGACGGUGUUCCGAUCGCGUGCUUCACGUUUAAGUAUCGAUCUAGGGAUGCAUUGCAAAAGGAGCUGAUCAUACCUCGGUCUCCAAGCCCUGAAGCCAUUGACGAGCUCUCCGAAGCCGAGAUCAGACGGCUAGCUGCAGAGCGCCUGGACGAGAUUAACGUGAAACUAAAUGCUGACUCGUCACAGGAUGGACGUCGAUCUGGCACCGUCAAGCAAGAGAGAAAGGGUCCUAUCAUCAAGCGCGAGUACACCGAGAUCUACGAUCUCACCGAGGAGCCUGCCAAACGCGAAUGGAAGAAGAUCAAGAUCGACACCAACAGAGAGGCUAUUGACCUCACCGACGACUAGAGUCAUGCGUAUCCCGGUGUUGUCACGGUAAUCCUCGUUUUACGGCGUAGCUUUAUUUUGGGCGGCAAGGCGUACUUUGACUUUGUUUGGUCAGGUUCAAGGGACUUGUCCAAACUGUUAUAAAUUCUUCGAUCAGGAGUUCAGGGGCAAAGUGCCGGUUUAUACCCUCUUG